UUCAAACGAUAGUGUAGGAAGUUGAGUGUUGCAGAACGCAGACGACUAUGAAGUCAAGACCAACGACAGGAACAAUGAGGUGGAUCUGUUAUUUUCUAAUUUUAACAAGCAUUGUACAACUGGCUUUCUCACAGGUUACAAAUUGUCCACGUGGAUGGUCACGAAUUGGUGAGAAGUGCUACAGAAUUAAGGCUAAUACAGUAUCGUAUAGGCUUGCAACUGUUCUAUGUCUUUUGGAAGGUGGAUUAAUAGCUUCUAUUAAUACUAGAGUUGUUUUCGAUAUCUUAUCUAGAGAAAUUGUAAAUCAGUAUAAUUCCUCUCAAUUCUGGGUUUCACCAAACAGUAGCAUUUACCAGCUAGAAGUUACCACACUAGGAACGACGCAAAGUGAAUCAAUUUCGACUUCAAAUCACUGCGUUACUUUCAACGGAAUGGUACUAAGUGAGAAACUUUGUUAUGAAGAACUUAGGUAUAUAUGUGAACAUGAUUUAAUAGUAUACAAGACUAAACUAAAUUGUCUGCCGGAUCGAAGUCGGGCCUCAUUUGUAGGAGAAGAGACUGGUCAUUGCCUCUUUAGAUCCCUAGGAAAAGUAGUGAAAGAGGAAGCAGAUGCCAUAUGCCAGCAAGAUAAUGCACAUGCCAUCGAUCUUGACGAUAUCAUGAGAGAUGGUUUGCUAAAUUUUCAAGAGACCCGCGUGAUGGCGAAUGAUGGUUCGGAAUACUGGACAGGUCUUACUUGGCAGGAUGACAAAGUAAUAUGGAAAUCUGGAGAUGAACUUGAUAACUUCAACUCCAAUGCUAGGUACCUAGAAAUUCAUCGAGACCGGGGACACUGCGUCACCGUUCAGGUCAACUUCACGGAUUUGCUGGAAACUCAUUUGCAUCAGACAGAUUGCGAAGAUUUAGCAUACGUGGUGUGCGCAAAGGAUCUCGGCGCAGGUAGCACGACUUCAAAUCCCUUGACGACUUCAAAUCCCUUGACGACUUCAAAUCUCUUGACGACUUCACCUGCGCCACUUCGCUGCCCAUGGCUGAACGCAUGGAAGAAAUAUCCUCUCACUCAAGAGUGCUUCUGGGAAACAUCAUACGAGACGGGUUAUUUAUCUUGGGACGACGCAAAAGCGUAUUGCAGAGGAUUUGGUGGCGAUUUGGCGAGUUUCCAUAACAUAGAUGAAGAAAGAUUUGGACUUAGUUUUCAGUACGGAAGUUUAAAACAUUCAUACUGGAUUGGACUUCGAUUAGAUACAGAAACUUUAACAUACAAAUGGAGUGAUGGAACUCCUUUAGAUUACGAAAACUGGGCCCCAGGACAUCCGGAUCAUAAGGAUAAAACUCGACAAUGUGUUGCCAUGGAUGCUUCCGAAAAACACUGGAUUUCCUCUCUUUGCGGGAUUCUAAGCUGGUUCGUCUGCAGAGUUCCGCAACGCCAAAGUCCACCUGCUUUUAUUGCUCCCUAUCGCCCUCCAUUGCGUACCUGCUCUAAUGGAACAGUUCCUUCUUCGACGUAUUAUUAUGAUGGCUACUGUUAUUAUGUUGGCCACUCAACAUUCACCUGGCACAGAGCAAAACAAUACUGCGAAGACGAAGGAUCAUCUCUAUUAUCAUUACAUUCACCUGAUGAGGUUGGCUUUGUUUUAAGGCUGAUAGGUGAUGAAAAACAUAGACAUUUAGACGGAAACCGUGUAUGGAUUGGAUUGAAUACCCUGACACGAACAGGUGCCUAUAGCUGGACGGACCAUAGCCCUUUCGACUUCACUUACUGGAAUGAGAACGAACCCAAUAAUUAUUUGAAUCAGGAGAAGUGCACCAACAUGUACAUGAGAAGUGGUCUUUGGAACGACGAGAACUGCAACGCUGAGAUGAGUUUCGUGUGCAAACGUCCAUACAAUGCCACUAAUUUACCAGAAAUUCCAACUACUGAAGAUCCGACGCUUGGGCACUGUCAAAAAGGAUGGUAUGCCUAUCAUGAUCGCUGUUAUUAUCCUGUAGGAUAUGCGGUAAAAGACAGGGUCAACUGGACCACAGCUAUGAACAUCUGCAGUAAUCUUAACGGUUCUCUAGCUUCCAUACGCAACAAGAGGGACCAAGCAUUUCUAGCCUUUUUGUUGCAAGGACUCAAGACAGAUGCUUGGAUUGGAUUACAUGAUACAAUUGAAUCCGGGAGCUACUACUGGAUGGAUAAUUCUGAGUUGAGAUAUACAAACUGGGCUCCUGGAGAGCCUUCUUUCUUUGUGCUGGAGGAAGACUGUGUCAAAAUGGCAUACAGCGAGAAAGAGAGUGGAGUAUGGAGAGAUGAUUACUGUAGUCGGAAGCUAGCUUUUUUUUGCCAGACCGGAAAAGAAAAAGACCUUCCGGAGCCCGCUUACAACAGAGGACUUGACUGCCUUUAUCCUCAAGGUUGGUUAAAAUUGGAGGGCUUCUGUUUCAAGAUGUUUCCUGGUAAUAACUUGAGUUGGAUUGAAGCGGAAAAUUCAUGCCAAAGAGAUGGAGGGCAUCUCGUUUCUGUAUCAGAUUCUUCUGUACAAGCAGUUGUCUCAUAUUUAUCUACUAGAGUGAACACUUCGUUUUGGAUCGGACUCAAAUAUGAAGAGUCAACAAGAAAGAUUUCGUGGUUGAACGGAUGGCCAAUGACGAUGACUAAUUGGGAGAAAAACGAGCCAACAAACUUGUCAGAAAAACCUUGUUUCGCUAGUUCACUGGAAGGUCUGUGGAGGGCAGUUCCCUGCUCAGAUGAAAUGCCUUACAUUUGCCAAAUCACAACAGGGAAGCCUCCACUACAAAAACGGUAUACAGGAGACUGCCAAAACACCACUGACAAAUGGGUCUCCUCAGAUAACAGCUUUUGUUAUAUUGUCGAUCACAGGCAUUCAGAUUGGUAUACAGCUAGCUUACAAUGUUAUAGACAUGUCAGACCAUUACCACAACCACCAAGUAACAGGUUCCUCUUUCGACCGUUCCGAAUCACGAGAUACAGCAGCCAGUACUUGCACACUCGCUUUAGGCCAACACUUCUUCGGCAAGGUAGUCUGUUGGCGAGUAUGCAUUCCGUAGAGGAUGUAGAGGCAAUACGAAAAAUUUUAAAGCCCGGUACUAAACCGUUUUUCAUUGGUCUCAGAAGGACUUCUCUAGGUGGAUUUGAGUGGUCAGAUAAAAGUCCAGUCGACUUUGUGAAUUGGGAUCUUGAUGAACCAGAAAAUGGACAAGAUGAAUGUGUCGAAAUGUCUCCAGUUACCAUGAAGUGGAGGGUGGUAGAUUGCCACGCUCAACGCCAUUUCCUAUGCGCUUCCAAAAAAGUUGACGAAAUAGAAGUAAUACCGGAAAAUGCAAGAUUUACAGCAGAUUCUGAAAACAAAAUAUCAAGUGCUGCACUAACGGGCAUCUUAGUAUGUGCAGCUCUUGCGAUCAUCGCAAUUGUGGCAGCUGUGAUUUACUACAAACCUCUCAGGAAGAGGACAAACGAAAUCCAAAUGCGGGGGCAAAGUGUAAGUUUUGAAAAUGCACUUUAUAAUGCUGAUUCUGCAAGUCUGGAAUUUCAAAACAAGGAGGAACAUUCGCUAGAAUUGUGAUACAUUUUUAGUGACUUUAUUUAUACAAAGAAUUUGUACAGACACAUUUACAUGCAUAUUAUUCAUGGAGAUACGAAAAUGUAAACUAAGAAUGUCAUCGUAAGUAAUUCCCAGCUGGCAAAGCAGGCAAUUAACUUAUUUUCUUCAUUAGCACAUCUGAUUUUUCAUUGCUGUAUGAACAUUUAAAUGUAUUUUUACCAGAAAAAUAUACUGGUGAUAGCAAAUUAGGGAUUGAAAAACACUUUACGCCUCUUAAAUAUGAGCAGAAGGUCAAUAUGUUUGAUGUCAUAAUCGAUAAAUGUAGUAGAAUUUCAAACAUCCGAUUUAACUCCGACCACAGCCCAUCUAGAUACGAUUAUUUGGCUUUUCUGUAAUGCAAGGAAAGUAAUUUUAUUUCCUUUGUCUUAUUUUAUCUCAUUUACAUUGUACUCUUAAGAAUAAAGUUUAUUUUUUACUUAAAACAAGUUACGUCAAACGAUUAUUUAGGUAAUUAUACAAUGAAGUUAAUUAUUUGCAUAAACAUACAAUUCCUUUCAAAGAAAGCUUAAAAAAAUCAAGAAAUGGAAUUUAUUUACUCGCGUUAUUAUUAUAUUACGUAUUUUUAUUGCAUAUUUAGAAGAAAAGGCAUAGAGUUGUUUUUACCUUUUCUAUAGUAAAUUAAGGAAGAAAUUAUAUUUCAUUUGGUUAAAAUAAGAGAUAAAAUUUACUGCUACACAAAUAAAAUAAAUAAAAAUUUCUCACGAGUAAAAUAAAUAAAUAAAAAAAAAAAAAGAAGAUCGUUCACAGUUAAUGCAAACGAUUUUGAUAAUUAAUUUCUAUGCAUUAAAAGUGCAGGUUUUGAAGCAGUUUGAUUCUUUCUAAUGGCCUUGAUACCUGGCUAUAGAUCUAGCUCGAAUGAAAGUAAAAAUUUUCUUAGUAUCAUAAUGUCAAUUUUAUCCUAUUUUUCUUGGGUCGUUUUUCAAAGUCUGUUUAAUGUCCUUAGAUGCCGAUUUUGUGUAUUUACUCAAGUAGCAAAAUGGUUUAUGGGUUCCUUGAAUAGACAAAUAUUUUUAUGGAUUCUCCGAAUUUAUAAGAUAUGAAAUGCACUGUUAUUAGCUAACCUACAUGUCACGUGCUUUUAUAAAAAUAGAUUUAGUAGAUUUUAAAAAAUACGUAUUGCACAAUAUGUACUUUUUAUAUAAUUUAAAUUAAUAGUAAGGUCAAAAAGCAUAAAUAAUUAUUAAAAAAACUUGUGUAUUUCAUAAAGAUAAAAAAGAAAUUAUCCGGAUAAUUAGGAGUUCUGUUGCACAUUAAUAUUAAAAUAAUUUUAACUAUUAGUUUACAGUAAAAAUAUAUAAUUAAUCUUAAACAUUUUUAUAUCGGAUUAUUGAAAUUCUACUCUAUUAAAAUGGAAAUUUAGAGUACAUAAGAUGACAUAAAUGUGUUUAUUUUUUAUGCCUCGUUUAAGAAAUGCAAAUCUUCAGCAAAAGAUAUUGAAAUUAAUAGCCUUUCCACUUAAUAAAUCACAUUUGUAAUCAUUUGAAUAACAGAGUUUUGUAAUGUUUUUUGAAGAUAUUUUGCAGUGUUUUAUAAGAAUUUAUAAUUUACAUUGUUUUAUAGAAAUUUAUAUGCUAUGUAACUGUAAACGAAUAAAUAAAAAUGAAUUAAAAGAGUUAUUAUGUUUUAUUGAAAAUUCUGAAAUACAGAUUUUAAAGAAAAAAUUUACAAUGUUUGAUGAUAAACAAGAAAAUGACUUACACACAUAUAUGAAACAGGUGACAUAAGAAGUAAAAUAUAUUAGUAUCAUAAAUAUAACAUACUGAAAUAAGAAUUACAUUAAAAUACUAUAAAACCUUUGAUUCAAACAAUUUUUGAUGUCUUGAUUGAGCAGAAUCGUAUCUAUGCAUUACGUUUGAAGAAAUUUUUUGUUGCAGAUGCAAUAGAUAAGUGCGCUUCUAAGUGUUAUGAAACAGUUUCGAUGAUCUUAUAUAGUCCAUAAAGGAAAAAAAAAA